AUGGUGAAUUUCUACACAUGAAAUUUGAACUUCAAAAUUUAUGAAAUUCGCAUUUGCAGAACAAACAGAAUUUCAAAUUUUUGUUCAGAAAUCUGAGAGAUCACGAGUUUUUUUUUGUUUGUUCGAAAAAAAAAUUUAUCCAGCUCGGAGUGCUCUGUAUUCAGUGAAUCUGAAAAUUUGUGCAGAGUUCAGUGUUUGUUGAUGUUCAUCUAAAAGUUCUUCUGCAAAUUGCUGCCGUUGUGGAUACGUACAGAUAAAAAAUGGUGUCUUUUGGGAAAAAGUUGAAGGGAAGACAAAUCCAAGAAUGGCAAGGAUACUAUAUCAAUUACAAAUUGAUGAAGAGGAAGCUUAAGCAAUAUGCUAACCAAAGCCAAGCCGUAGUACCAGAUCGUCGAUUUGUUCUUAAGGAUUUCUCCAGAAUGCUAGACAACCAGAUCGAAACAAUAGUUCUCUUUUUGUUGGAACAACAAGGAGCUCUUGCGAGCAGAAUAUCUGAACUUAAUGAACAAAAAGAUUUUCUUCAAGAGGUGCCUGAUAUAUCAAAAAUAGAUGAGUUGCGGGAAGCUUAUCAAGCUGUGGGGCGUGAUCUUCUAAAGCUUCUCUAUUUCGUUGAAAUAAAUGCUAUUGGAUUGCGGAAGAUACUUAAAAAAUUUGACAAACGUUUUGGCUAUAAGUUCACUGAUUAUUAUGUCAAAACCCGGGCUAAUCAUCCCUAUUCCCAACUUCAGCAAGUAUUCAAGCACGUGGGAUUAGGGGCAGUUGUUGGAGCAAUAUCUCGUAAUCUUGCAGAUCUUCAAGACCGUCAGGGAAGCUACUUGUCAAUUUAUGACCAGCCAGCUCUUCCCCUCCAGGAUCCUGUGGUUGACUCGAUGCAAGCAGCUGUCGAUAGAUUAAGUCAUUCGACAAACUUUCUUAACUUUUUGGCCCAACAUGCACUUAUUAUGCAAGAGGAGUUACCCGCUCCUGUCGAGGAAGGAGUUGAUGAUCAGAGAUACCAUUUUAUGUCGCUCCUGUUGAACUUGGCGAAUACUUUCCUUUACAUGGUCAAUACAUACAUUAUUGUACCAACAGCAGAUGAUUAUUCUAUGAGCCUUGGUGCGGCUGCAACGGUUUGUGGGAUUGUGAUUGGAGCCAUGGCUGUCGCGCAGAUCUUCUCGUCCGUGUAUUUCAGUGCUUGGUCGAACAGGUCUUAUUUCAGACCUCUGAUAUUCAGCAGUAUAGUUCUUUUUAUCGGGAAUGUCAUGUAUGCAUUGGCUUAUGAUCUCAAUUCAAUACCAGUUCUGCUUAUCGGUCGUCUAUUUUGCGGUUUUGGUUCCGCCAGAGCAGUGAACCGUCGCUACAUCAGUGACUGUGUACCACUUAAAUACCGGAUGCAAGCUUCAGCAGGUUUCGUUAGUGCUAGCGCGCUUGGAAUGGCAUGUGGACCUGCAGUUGCCGGCUUACUUCAGACAAAUUUUAAGAUUUACAAGAUAACCGUCAAUAAAGAAACUUUGCCUGGUUGGCUUAUGGCUAUUGCAUGGCUCAUUUAUUUGGUAUGGCUGUGGUUCUCUUUUAAAGAACCUGUGCGUGAUACUGAAAUAAAAAAUGUUCCUCAAGAGUCUAAGGCCGAACCUGAUUCCCUUGAAAAAGGCAUUGUGGAACCGUUGCUGUUAAAAUCACCGGAGAAUCAACAAGAUGAGGAUGAACAAGAAGGUGACGAGAGUGAAGAAGCUCCUGAGGACUCUCAUAAACCUGCUAAUUCUAUAGUAGCAGCAUACAGAUUGCUCACUCCUUCUGUGAAGGUUCAAUUGUUAAUCUAUUUUAUGCUGAAAUAUGCUAUGGAGAUUUUACUUUCAGAAUCUAGUGUCAUCACGACAUAUUACUUUAGCUGGUCAACAGGCCAUGUGGCAGUUUUUCUUGCGUGUCUUGGCCUCACGGUUCUUCCAGUAAAUCUUGUUGUUGGGAGCUAUAUAACUAACAUGUUCGAGGACAGGCAAAUUCUGUUGGCAUCUGAAAUUAUGGUGUGUGUUGGUAUACUGAUGAGCUUUAAUGUUAUAAUCCCGUAUUCUGUGCCACAGUAUGUCUGCUCGGGGCUCUUAUUAUUUGUAUCUGCUGAAGUGUUAGAAGGUGUAAAUUUGUCACUCCUCUCGCGAGUCAUGUCAUCUAGGCUUUCUCGUGGAACCUACAAUGGUGGCCUCUUGUCUACAGAAGCCGGAACCAUUGCUCGGGUAAUUGCAGAUGCAACGAUAACUCUAGCUGGGUACUUGGGGGAGAGUAUGCUCUUGAAUAUUACUCUUCUCCCUUCGCUCUUCAUAUGCAUUGUGUCCAUUCUUGCCACCUUUUGGACCUACAAUUCUCUCUAUUGAUUUAGUCUCAUGUAUUUAGAUGAAUCCUCAGCACCCAAAAAUCAUUUCUGCUUUCAAUUAUUUUAUCGAUUUAUUUGUU